CGCAGAUGACAGUGACAAUUUCACUGACUUUAUAACAUUUGUGGUUCAUGCAAAAAGCACAAAGGUAAUUAGCUGUGUGACAUUCCAGUUUCCGUUAAAUUGGAAACUAAAAAACCCCGUGAUGAAUACAUUAGUGUGUACAGUUCCCUUAAUGUGACUGCUGUGGACGGACGUCCGGUUCGCAUCUCUAUGGCCCCGCCCCCUCCUGUUUACUGUCCCUCCCUCCUGCCGUCUGGAACUAGCCCCGCCCCCCUUCCCCCGCUGCUGCUGACGUCAGGCCGGGGGAGGAGCCAGGUAGCAGCUACACUGACACGUAAAGAGCCUCCAGCGUGAGAUUUUAAGGAGGAAGUUACACGUUUCCCCUUAAGUUGAAAAGCUGCACGGUCGCUUGGACUCAGGCUGGAUGUAGUUGACCCGGUUCUGGUACCAGAGGGCCCGUUUGGACUCGUUUCGAAGCGACGCGGGGGACGUCGGGCGUUAGGAGCCGAAGCACAAGAUGCGGUUCUCCGCGUUCAGUUCCGUCUUGCGGUCGGUCGGCCCGGUGGUGAUCGGGAUCUCCCUGGGCUUCACGUUGAGCCUGCUGAGCGUCAACUGGACGGACGAAGCGUGUCACCUGGACGGCGGGGAGCGGGAGGACGUGACUCUGGGUCACGACGGGCAGCUCAGAGGAGCCCGAAAACCCAACUCCAUUUCCACCGCCAACGACGCCGAGUCCGAGGAGGAUUUUGAGCCGCGAAUAGUCCCGUACAAGCAAGUCCAGCAGGGUCCUCCGAAGAAGGUGUUCAGGGCUAAAUACAUAAGCACAGAGUUGGGGAUGCGGGAGCGUCUCUUCGUCGGGAUCCUGACCUCCAAAAACACCAUCAACACUCUGGGCGUAGCUGUCAAUCGCACCAUCAGCCAUCACCUGGACACCGUGAUUUUCUUCAGCGGCACGCGCAACCGCAAAGUCCCCCACGGCAUGUUUGUCGUCUCCCACGGCGACGAGAGGCUGAUCUGGAACAUGUUUCAGAACAUCAAGUACGUCUUGGACCGCCACAUCCACGAGUACGACUGGUUCUACUUCGUCCAGGACGACGCCUACACGGAGGCCGACCGGAUCAAGGCCCUCGUGGACCACCUGAGCAUGGACCGGGAGAUUUACAUGGGCCGGCCCCAGGAGUUCAUAGGUGGAGGGAAGCAAGGGAAGUACUGCUACGGGGGCUUCGGGUACGUCCUGUCUCGCACGCUGCUCCUCCGGCUCCAACCGUUCCUGGAGAACUGCCGGAACGACAUCCUGAGCGCCAGGCCCGACGAGUGGCUGGGACGCUGCAUCAUCGACUACACCGGCGCUAACUGCGUCAGUGAAUACCAGGGACUUCAGUACCACCAUUAUGAGUUGGGAAAAAACUCCGACCUGGAAAAAGAACAAAGCGAGCCGUUCAAGAAGGCCCUGACGGUCCAUCCAGUGUCCGACCCCGAGCAGAUGUACAGGCUGCACAGAUACUUCACCGAGAUUGAGCUCCAGAAGACUUACGACGAGAUCGCUAAACUGCAGGCGGAGAUAAAAAACGUGAGCGCGGUUGCUUUCGAGGGAAACCGCAGCGCCCAAUGGCCCGUCGGGAUCAACCCGCCCUUUGAGCCGAAGUCUCGGUUCGAGGUUCUGAAGUGGGAGUACUUCACAGAGGAGGAGAUCUACUCCUGCGUCGACGGCUCCCCGAGGUGCGAACUGCGAGGCGUCGACCGCGUGGACGUGGCCGACGUCAUUGAGGUUGCCGUGGUGGAGCUGAACAAGAAGUACGAGCCCGUCCUUCACCUGAAGAAGCAGCAGCUGAUCAACGGCUACAGGCGCUUCGACCCCGUCAGGGGUAUGGAGUACACCCUGGACCUCCAGCUGGAGGUCGUGAACCAAAACGGUCACAGCCGCUCCGUCGCCAAGCGGGUCCACCUGCUGCGGCCGCUGAGUCGGAUCGAGAUCAUCCCCAUGCCCUACGUCACCGAGGCGACGAGGAUUCACGUCAUCAUACCCCUGGCGCUGCAGCACCGCAGCUACGUCGACCACUUCCUCGAGGUCUUCGCCUCGAGCGCCUUUGAGACCGGCGAAAACGCCAUCCUCACCUUCUUGUUCAUCUACGACCCGGUGGAGGCGCAGCAGGUGAACAAGAACGAUAUAUUCGCCGGCGUGAAGGCCCAGAUAAGUGCGUACGAGCGCAAGUACCCGACGGUGAAAGUCCCCUGGAUAAGCGUCAAGACGGAGACGCCGUCGCAGAUCAAGUUCAUGGACGUCAUCUCCAAGAAGCACCCGGUGGACUCGCUGUUCUUCUUGGCCAGCGUCAACACCAACGUCAACUCGGAGUUCCUGAACCGCUGCCGCAUGAACUCCAUAAACAACUGGCAGGUGUUCUUUCCCGUUCACUUCCAGGACUUCAACCCCGACGUGGCCUACCGCAACCAGCAGCGUCCGGCCGCGGCCGACCUGGUAAAGGACGCGGGCCGCUUCGACCGCGGCUCCUUCGAAGAGGCGUGCUUCUACAACACGGACUACAUGGCCGCGCGCUCGCGGAUGGCGGCGGACGCCCAGGAGAACGAGGACCUCCUGGAGACCCUGGACAUCUUCGACGUGUUCUUGAGGUAUUCGGGCCUGCACGUGUUCAGGGCGGUGGAGCCGGCGCUGCACCAGCAGUACAGCUACCGGGCCUGCAACCCGCGGUUGAGCGAAGACCUCUACCACCGCUGCAUCCAGAGCAACACGGAGGGCCUGGGUUCUCGCUCGCAGCUCGCCAUGCUGCUGUUUGAGCAAGAGCAAGGGAACAGCACUUGACCAAAUGGUGGCAAACUCGAGCUCCCUGCUAUUUUUUUCUUUCUUUUUUUUUUGGUACUAGAAUUUGGGAGCACCCAUGUCUGGCCGUUGAAGUGUCACUCGUGACCCGUCGGUGGGGAUCGAGGAUGGUUUUGGUUUGUUGGAAAAAAUAAUGAAUGCAGUAACUUUCCCAAUAGAAAGCGUUCCAAUAAUGUUUACAAUACUUUAUGCGGAUGAGUUGCUUGAACCAAAUGUUUACGCUACUCUUAGUUACUACUUUAGGUCAAUUCGGACGGCUGGGUGAGCAGCAAAGCCGUGGCUUAGUCCCGGUUUAGUCCCGGCUUAGUCCCGGCUUAGUCCUGGUUUACUGUGUCCUCCACACAUCCAGUGGCCUCGCGGCUCUGUAGACUCAGAGGUACCAGCAGAGGCACGUUCAUGUGUAAUUAGAAUUCCUUUCAAAGAUUUUUGUAUAGUCUCUGUUGAUAUACAUUAAGCACAUUGCUUCCUUUACAGUAACAACAAAAAAAAAUAAUAUCACGUGUUUGAUAUAUCUGCUAUUCCGUGUAGUAAGAAAAGCGCAUCUUUGUGCCUUGAUACUGACCUUUCACAAGCUCACUGUGUAGAUCCAAUCUUUAUGUGACACAAUUCGCGCCUUCGGGUGACGCACAGCUGAGGUCAUAAUUUGAAAAAUAGUUUAGCAGAGAUAUUUGCUCUCUCGCUGUGGCUAAAGUGAGGUCACUGAGAGCCGGUCGCUGGUCUUCAGAGGUCGUAGAUGAAGACCAGAGUAUUCCAGCAGUCUGUGCAUUGACUUCAAGCUUUCUCCACGAACUCUCUUGAUGUUGCAAAAACAUUUCCAGGCAGGAAGCAAAGGAGAAUCCUGAAUAAUGUGGGGAGGGAGGGGGGAAGAUGUAUCACCUCUGUGAAUGUCUGAAGUGAUCGCCCAGGUGAGUCCUCAUGAAAUAGGAUUUAUUAGUUUUUAGGUACGAUUUGAAAUUAAGAAUGUAUGAACCAUCGAGUAUAGCGGGGAGUUUAAUCACCUUCUGUCACUGUGAAAACACGUGUGGCUGAAGGUUCUGACCGCGGUCACUUCGACCGCUCGCAGUGCAGUCCAAUAGGAGGCCUUUUCUACGUUACCGAGUGGCGCGGUAGCUUUACUAUAAUGUGCAAUAUUACAGAUAGAACAACCUGCUCCAUCCUUUUCAUUUGAAAUAACCUUUGCUGUGAGCGGCGCUUGGUUUGUUUGCCGCGCUGCUGUUCGAUGACUGACAGUCCUUUAAAGUUAAGUAAAUACACUGUAGCUUCUUCUUCACAAGACCUUUAUUGUAUUUUACUGACACUAGACACUUUUCAUCAUUAAAUUGACUUUUGAAAUACACCGAACGAAGGCAUGGCAUCUUAUUAACUUUAACUGGAGGCAGUUACUGAUUGGAAACACUACGUCCACAGUGGUGGUGGUGGGGGGGGGGGGCUCCUCGGCCUCGUGAACAAAGACCACCGAGGUUAUUGCUUUUUCCCAGGAGAGCAGAGGACUACGACGCUAACAUCCAACGCCGAUUGCAAACUGAAGCUUCCAAAAGUAACCACUGUGAAAGGCGGCGGCGUCGGGUGGCGAUACGAAGUCGCUGUGUGUAUCCGCGGCGUCUCGGGGGCCUUUCUGUACACGCGAGCGGAUUAAUCGACCCGCGUCGUUAGAGCAGCCACCUUUUUGGCCGCGCAAAGUCUCUAAAGUAUUUUUUUCAUAACUUAUUUAUCUGCCAUUUCUCUAAUAAAUUAUGCAGAUUCUUGAAUACUUGCGCACUAACAGAGGAUUUCCUGACACUCUCUGCACAUGUAUAAAUAUUCUAUAGAUUCCAUUUUUAAGCCUUUUGUAGCUUUAUGUACACAGCAAUUGUUACUUUAUUUUUAGGCACAAAAAACAUAUACUGUUUCCUACUUUUGUAUUUUGUGCUUUGGAAAUCCUGUGAUUUGACCAUGAAGACAAUUUAAAAAAUAUGCUUUCAGUCAAGCAAAUCAUUCGGCUCAUUUUUGAAUUUCCAUGGAUGUUUGGAUCAGUUUACAUUAUGUUGUGUAUGGGUACUACUAUAACCAAAGCAAUAUGUUUUAAUUAAUAGUCAUCACAUUUGUGUGCUGUAAUUUCUAAUGAACUGUGAAUUAUCAU